GCAAGUACAGAAAAGCAGGGUCAGUCGUAGGUUAGAGUUUUGCGUAAUAUUGUAGUAGUAAUCGAGGAUGGAUCCAAUGUUACUGAAAAAUAAAUUUCGUGGUACGAUGCUAGGCGUUUUGGUUGGCGAUUGCCUUGGGAGCCCCUGGGAAGGCUCGACGAUGUCAGGUCGCAAGAAGAUCUUCUUGCAGAAAACGCUGGAUAAAUUGUGGGACACGAAGUUCAGAGAGCCCGUCAUGCAAUACUCUGACGAUUCGGCAAUGACACGCUCCUUAGCUGAGUCAUUGAUUGAGAAGCAAGCUGUGGAUAUUGUUGAUAUAGCUAAGCGAUUUGCAAAAAGUUAUCACGAACAGCCUGAUCGUCGUUAUGGAGCCGGUACUAUAACUGUACUCAAGGAAUUUAAGAAUCAUGUGGAGGAAACAAAUGUAAAAAUCCCAGCAAAGAAUUUAUUUAACGGUGUAGGUUCUUAUGGUAACGGCGGUGCAAUGAGAAUUGCACCUAUUGCGUUAUUCUCAUACAACAAUUACGAUAAACUUUUACAUUAUGUCAAAGAAGUAACGGAAAUUACACAUGCACACGAGUUAGGGAUUGUUGGCGCUAUUUUACAAGCUGUAGCAAUUCAACAAAGCAUACAUUUAGAUCCCAGCGAAGAAUUAAACGUUUUCAAUUUUGUUGACAAUCUUAUAAACAAAAUGGACAAAAUAGAGGGUGAUGCAAGUGGACUAUAUAAAGAGCGACUAAACACAGUAAAGGAUCUACUUUCUGAGGAUGGAGAUGAUCCCAAUGAGCAAAAGGUAGCUGAAGAACUGGGUGUUACUGUCAGAGCUUUAGAGUCGGUCCCUACUGCGAUCUUUUGCUUUCUAAGAGCACAGAGGAGCAUAAAAAAGAUACGAACUUAUAAUUGUCUCAGAAGAGCAAUUCAAUAUGCCAUUUCUUUGGGAGGCGACACAGAUACGAUUGCUAGUAUGACCGGUGCGAUCGCAGGUGCUUUCUAUGGCUACGAAAAGUUCAGCCUACUACUUAUAACGCACUGCGAAGAAUGGGAACGAUUUCAAGAAAUGGCUGACAAAUUGCUGGAUGUAGCAACAUCCAAUGAGAUAAAUAAAUGAAUAGUAUACAUUUAAAAAAGUAUAUAUUAUAUAUAAAAAAAUCGUGAGGAAAUUUUUAUUGAAAUUGUUUUUAAAUUAAUUACCAUUGUUAUGACAUUUAACAACUGUAAUUAAUUGCUAACUAAUUUUGUUAAUAAUUUUGUUAAUGCAAAAGAUUUAUACUCAAUAUUGUAUUUUAUUUACAUUACUCCAUUUAUGAGCACCAUGCUCCAUCCAACAAUUUACUACGUAGACAUAUUUCGUGCUAGAUAUCAAAUUAUAAUUACAACACGCAUUACCAUUUAUAUUUUGCUAUUUUAUGUAUUUCAUAUUCUUUCUGGUGUUAACAUAUUUCAUUUUUAAUACACAAGAAAUAACGAAUACAUCUGGUAACUCAGUUUUAUUUGGAAAACAAAUCUGUAUGACUAGUAUUCAUAAUUCCGCUCGUUACAAAGUUGGACUUAUGUCAGUAUAAUUGCGUUCACAUUAGACUUAUAAUAAAAAUAGAAAAUAAUAUCAAUAUUCCAUAAGUUUUAUGUAAAUAAUAUAUGGGGAUCAGAGAGGAGGAGAGACGUAUAUCGGAAACCGCUUGAAUUCUUUCGUUCCAAUCGGUUUCAUUCUCUCAACGAUCACAGAGAUUUUAAAUACAAGCAUGGCCGCACGAUCAGUCUGUAACUCUAUUAAAGCACAUGCUAAAAGUGCAAGUUCUGUUAUACACAUGUACGUCAAUAAUCCGAUUAAAAGUAGUAUAUGGCAACAA